AUGCACGACAACAAAACCAUCGAGAAUAUCCUGGCUACCAUUGGUGCUGUACUCUGGACUAUACAAGGUCUCCCACAGAUAUAUAAAUCUUAUCGUACCAAAUCUACCCAGGGUAUUUCACCUCAUCUCAUGAUCAUAUGGGCACUAUCAGCUUGGUUUUACAUGGUCUACACUGUUACUAGGCGAUUGGCGAUCCCCAUGAUUGUGCAAGUUCACGUAUCCUUGAUCGUCUUUUUGGCAGCUUAUUGCCAAUGCGCGUAUUAUUCAUACGGAUACUCUCUUAAGAGAAUACUUGCGAUUGCAGCUGUAUGUCUCAUCAUAGCUGCGGCCUGUGAAGCGGGAAGUAUUUAUGGACUUUGGGCUGCAAAGGAUCUCGGUACGGAGAUCCCCAUGAUAGCUUACGGAUAUAUGAGCUCUAUUAUGGGUGUCAUAGGAAUGUUACCACAGUAUUAUGAGAUUUAUAUCCAUCGGGAAGUAACAGGUUUAUCAUACAGUUUCAUUGUUAUCGAUAUCACAGGUGCGCUCUUCUACAUCAUCAGUCUAAUGUUUAGACCCAAAUUGGAUAUCUCAGCCUUGGUCAUUUACGUCCUUACUAGUGGUAUGAUGAUCAUCAUUAUUGUACUCGCUUUGAUUCUCAAUCCUCGAGCCGUAAAAAAACGAAGAAACGCAGGUAGCAAUCAGGCAGUCACGCAUGAAAAUAGCAUUUCAGACUCGACUGAAGGAGAUCCAGCUCAUACAGAUCCAGCUCAUACGGUAUACGACAACCCAGAAGAGGAGAAACCCAAUGCGAAAUGUGGUGUUCUGUGGGGCGACAUUUCGAGUGGCCCAUCAAUUGCCACAGACCAUCAAAAAGAUCGUAACAACAUUCCAGUCUUGGAAUAUGGACCCGACGCUCUCGAAAAGGUAUGA